CUGUCAAAGAUGGAGAACUUGUACGCUGGACUUGCUAUUCUGAGCGUGAUGUUUAUGUUGUUUUUUAUGAAGUUUCCAUAUUUCCUGCAUGACUGUGCGUUCUUAAUGAAAUUACUCAGGACAAAAUCAAAGAUACAAAAGCUACGAAAGAGAUUUCCAUUAUACACUGUGCUCGACUGCUUUCUGGAAGAUGUGUCCAGACAUCCACAUAAACCCUUCAUAAUUUUUGAGGAUGAUGUCUACACGUACCUGCAGGUGGACCGCUGGAGCAACAGGGCAGCACACACACUGCUUAAACACACGCACCUGAGAGAGGGAGAUACGGCCGCGCUGCUUGUGGGCAAUGAACCAAACUUCAUCUUCCUCUGGCUUGGACUGAUGAAGAUCGGAUGUUCUGUGUCGCUUCUCAACACCAACAUUCGGGGCAAAUCUCUAAUGCGCUGCUUCAUGUGUUGUAAGACAAAAGUGCUGAUCGCAGGGGCAGAGUAUCAUGAUGCAGUGUGUGAGGUGCUACCAGAGUUGCGUGAACAUGGUGUGUCUGUCCACCUGUUGUGCGAUAAUUGUGACAUGGAUGGAAUUCAGUCUCUGAAAGAUAAGAUGGAUGACAGUGACGAUGGUCCUGUGAGUCUCAUGCUGAGAGCUAAAAUCACUAUGAGAAACCCUGCCGUGUACAUCUACACAUCUGGAACUACAGGUCUGCCCAAAGCAGGUAUUGUCAGUCAUGACCGAAUGUUUGGUGGCACUUUCUACCAGUCAUUGUUAGGCGUCAAGCAUGAUGAUGUCAUCUACAUAGCCCUCCCCCUUUACCAUGCUGCAGGAUUCACCAUUGGUCUGGGUGGGGCAAUAGAGAGGGGAAUCACAGUAGUGUUGAAGAGGAAGUUCUCACUAUCUCAGUUCUGGAAUGACUGCAGGAAGCACAACGUGACGGUGUUCAUGUAUAUUGGAGAGAUCCUGCGCUACCUCUGUACCACACCCAAGAGCGAGACAGACCGGCAGCACAUGGUGCGAAUGGCCAUUGGAAACGGACUUCGUGCUGAUGUCUGGCAAGAAUUUCAGAGAAGGUUUGAUGUAAAACACAUUAAAGAGUUCUACGCUGCAUCUGAUGGGAACAUGAGUUUCAUAAACUAUGCAGAGAAAAUGGGAGCUGUGGGCAAGCAAAACUUCUUCUACAGGAAAAUUUUUCCUCAUGCACUGAUUCGGUACGACACUGAGACACAGGGACCAGUCCGGGACAGCAGGGGGCGCUGUAUCCCAGUUCCUACAGGUGAAACAGGACUCCUUGUGUGUAAGAUCACUGAGCGCACUCCAUUUCAAGGAUACGCAGGAAAUCCAGAACAAACGGAGAAGAAGAAGCUGCGUAACGUGUUUGAGGACGGAGAUGUUUAUCUGAACACUGGAGAUCUGUUGAGGACCGACCACCAGGGCUUCAUCUACUUCCAAGACCGGGUCGGAGACACUUUUAGAUGGAAAGGAGAGAAUGUGGCCACCACUGAGGUGUCUGAUGUUAUAUCACUGCUGGAUUUUGUUGAAGAAGUGUGUGUGUACGGUGUCAAAGUUCCAGGUCACGAGGGUCGCGUCGGCAUGGCAGCACUAACAGUAAAGGAAAAACGAGAGUUUGACUGCAACAAAGCUUUCGAUCACGUCACCAACUUCCUGCCUGUGUACGCUCGGCCCCGCUUCAUACGCAUCCUGAGGAGUCUGGACCUGACCGGGACGUUUAAACAGGUGAAAACUUCUCUGAUGAAGGAAGGAUUUGAUCCUGAGAAAGUGACUCCGCCCAUUUACUUCCUGCAGGAGAGCAGCAAGAGCUACAUCCCCCUGACACACACACACUACAAAUCUAUUAUAUCAGGGGAGGUCCGCUUCUGAACACACACACACACGCACACACACACGCACACACAAACUGAUUAGAAGACACACCUUCAAUAGCAGGAAAAAUCAGACGCCACACCUCCUUUAUUAAGAUUAAUCAGUGUUUUACUAAUUCUUCUAUUAGUAUUGUGUACACACACAUCAGCAACACGCCACAUUUUAGCCAAACACUUUACACUUCAUCCAGCAGGGGGAGCUGUGAGGAUAAACACCACUGUGAUAAACCAGAUUUCCAGUGUUCCAGUGUAAAAAUAAACACAUUCACCACACACUCAUGCUGUCUUUACUCAAGUGUUGCUGAAAGAAUCUGAUCUCUAACACCCACCCACCCACACACACACACACACACACACACACACACAAACACACACACCUUGGAGCCAGGUUUAAAUAUUCACUGGGCUCACUUUCAGCAAGUCACGUGGUUCAAGCAUGAAUGAAAGACUCAAUGUAAAGGAACUCGCACAUCUCUGGAACAAAAUUCACAACAUUGGACCAUAAAUGCAUGUGUUGUAUUUGUUAACAUUAAGAACUACCAUGUCUAGCAACACUCGUCUCUGGUUGUUUGAUAAGUUUUCAGGAUUCUGAUGUUCUGUUAUAAUGAAUAUUUGAAAGGAAUGAGACGUGGGGUCAUGUCAGUGCAGACUGAACCUGUCCAGCGCCGCUCCCUCCAUAGAUAUAUUUAGAUCACAGCUCAUUGGUUCUCAGUUUCUGUGCAAUCACAUGAUUCUUUAAGGGCAGAUGUCAAACACAGAUUCAGUUUCAGCUUCAAAAGCCUGCACGUACACACACUCCUACACAAAACCUGAACACAGUGUAUGGACCGAUUUGGGAUCACGUCAUCGGUAAGAUUCCCAAAACUCUACACAAAGCUUAACAAAUCCAACCAACCGAUGGCUCUAAAAGCUGAACCAACUCACACACACUGAAGCAACCCCAGAUCACAACACAGUAUACACACAGUGGACACUAUGCAUGAUGGGAGCAUCGCUUCAUGUCCUUCCCUUCUCACCCUGACACGCCCAUCACUCUGGAAUAGGAUCAGUCUGGCCUCAUCAGGUCACAUGACCUUUCUCCAUCACUGCCGUGUCCAAUCUUUUUGCUCCCUAGCAAACUGAAGCCUUUUUUAUGGAGACACAGCUGUUUAGUCCCAAUCCUGUGAGUUCUCAUCACGUUGUGUGUGUGUGUGUGCGUGUGUGUGUGUGUGUAUGGAAAUGCCCUUCCUUUACGAUUAAACAUAGCUCUAAAUUCACCUACUUUCCCAGGCGUUUAAGUGAUCUCCCAUCAUGCUUAA